AUAUUUUAGUGUUUUGAACAUAACCUGAUAUAGAGAGUAGAAUUAAUUCUUAUAUCGAGUUACAUUAUCUGUUUUUUUAUCGAGUAUGUAUAUUUUCCUACUAUCUAGCACACAGUAUAAAGUGAUCGAAAAUUCAUUUUGCAUCGUUAAAAUGUAAUUUGAUAUUUGAGCAUGUCACAGGCCCACUAAAUAUGUCUGCUGAGGAAGAUGUGGACGUGAAUAAAGAAUUUGAAAAUUUAUUGUUUGCCGAAGAGAAUGCUCAAAACUUAGGUUAUAAAGAAGGUUAUGAGGCUGGGAAAGAACAAUUAAUAAAUGGAUUUCAUCUUGGUUAUCAUAGAGCCAGCUUGUUAGGAGCACAAUUAGGAUAUUAUAGUGGUAUCCUGGAACAGUAUUUGAGUACAAACAAGCCUAAUUCAGAGAAAGCUGUAUCUCUUGCAAAAGAACUGCUACAGAUUAUUUAUAGUUUUCCUAGACAUAACAACAAUACUGUAGAUAUAUUGAAGAGUAUGGAUGAUAUCAAAUUUAAGUAUGCCAAGUUUUGUUCGCUAACAAAAACAUCUCCAUUGUAUCCAGAAAUGGACAAACUUGACUUUUAAUUAAACAUAAAUGCUAUGUUUAUAAAUAUAAGACAAGAUAAUAU